AUGGAGAGAUUCGUGCAUCAUUUCGAUAUUUCUGGCAUUCCAGGUGAAAAGACACUCGAUAGAGGGGAAAGGGAGGAACGAAGAACGAUCGCGAUGGAUCGAUGGCCGGUGCAACUGGCGAUCCUAGGGACGCUGGUCGCGAGCCUAAACGCCGCCAUCGACUUUCGACACAUCUCCUACGAAGAGAUAAUCUGUACCGGUUGACGCUAACCUCGCUGACGCCGCUCGAGCACGCCACUUGGCCAGCCCCGGACGAUAAGAGCAACACCUGUCAGAACAAGGGCCAAAGCGUCGACGACUGUCGCAACUACGUGAAGGUUCUGCUCACCAAUGGAAAGAGCCUGUUCACUUGCGGCACGUACGCGUUCAGCCCUUGGUGUACGUGGAGAGAGAUCGAGAACAUCAGCAGCGUGACGAGCGAGAUGUCGGGUGUAGCGAUGUGUCCUUACUCGCCACACGCGAACGUAACCGCGUUAUUAGCCAGAGGACCAACAGGCGGCCUGUUCACCGGGGCGCCGACCGAUUUUUCCGGCGCGGAUCCAGCCAUAUGCAGGACGCUCGCCUCGCCGAAUCUUCGCACUCACCAGUACGAUUCCAGAUGGCUGAACGAUCCGCAGUUCGUCGGCAGCUUCGAAACCGAGGAUCACGUGUACUUUUUGUUUCGCGAGUCGGCCGUCGAGUACAUCAACUGCGGCAAGAAAAUCUACUCGAGAAUAGCGAGGCUGUGUAAGAAUGACCGCGGUGGUCAAAUUAUGAUGAGAGAGGUCUGGACGACGUUUAGCAAGGCGCGAUUAAAUUGCUCUCUACCUGGCGAGUUUCCUUUCUACUACGACGAGAUUCAGGGCGCGGUCUAUCAUCCGGAAGAAGGCAUCGUUUACGCGACGUUCACCACGCCCAUCAAUGGAAUUGCCGGGUCGGCGAUAUGCGCGUUCAACAUGUCGGCGAUCACCGCGAGCUUCAACGGGCCUUUCAAGCACCAGGAGAAUUCGGGCGCCGCCUGGGAGAGGAGGCCGGUCUCUCAUCAAAAUCGUCAACGAUGCGGCAACAUGGCGAACGUCGCUCCUCAUCAGAUCAUAGACAAUCAGAGAUACCAGCUGAUGGACGACGCGGUUCAGAGCACCACUCUGGAACCCUUGCACACCGCUCUGCUCGAGAGAUUCACGUUGAUCGCCCUGGACGUCACGCCAACUAAACUGCACCGCGGCGUCACUGUGCUGUACGUGGCUACCGACGUUGGCCUGAUCAAGAAGAUCUCGGUUUUACCGCGCACGCAAGAAACCUGUAUCGUUGAAGUCUGGGGUCCCUUGCCCUCGACACCGAUGACCAUGCAAUUCUUGAAAGACACGCAGAGCCUGUACGUCGGCACAGAAUUUGGUCUCUCGAGAAUACCAGCUGCGCAAUGCCACAGACACCGAAGUCGCCAGGCUUGUCUGAACGCUCAGGAACCGUAUUGCGGUUGGAACGAGCAUCUGAUGAAAUGCGAUCCAGCUCCGAAGCAAAACCAUCUUGCUAAUCACUGGCAUCAAGAAGUCACCAAGUGCCCUGUUCUCACAGAUCCUGUGGAUGGUGGAUGGAGCGCUUGGAGCUCUUGGUCCUCGUGUCAACAUGGUACUACGGAUCACGCACAUUCUCAUUCACACGUCCAUUUGCACUCUCACACCGAGACGGUCUUGGACACUUGUCAGUGUCAAACACGAGACUGCAACAACCCGCCUCCGCAACACGGUGGAGCAACUUGUUCGGGAGCUAGGGUCAGGGUGACGAACUGCACGGUUCACGGUGGCUGGACAGCCUGGUCAGCCUGGUCAGCGUGUUCGCAAACGUGUGGCUUCGCGAUGAAAACACGUCGGCGCACGUGCACGAAUCCAGCACCGGCUUUCGGUGGAAGAGUCUGCGUUGGUCACGAUCACGACGACAUCGUCUGCAUAGAUCUUCCACCGUGUCCUACACCUGCCAAGGUCGCAACACCACCGCAACAAACCAUUGGUCAAUGGUCAUCUUGGGGCACUUGGAACGCUUGCUCCCGACCUUGCAACGGUGAUCGAAGAAUGCAACUCGCAUCAAUGCAUCGAGACGAAAAGAUACUCCGGAUGGACUCCGUGGCUAGCAGUGAACGGUAGCCUUCAGAGCGCAAGCAUCGGCUACGUGGAGAAACGGUUCCGAUUCAGUUGCCGUGCUCAGACCGACGAUCCAUCCAGCGUCAGGGUGCAACUGGCCAAAGAGGAGGAACGCUACUGUAGAAACGACGGUUCUUGCCUAAGAGGGAACGUGAAUCAAAAUUCGUACGGGGAUCUCGGGACGGAAGCUGGAUGGAGCGAAUGGUCCGCGUGGCGGCCUUGCGAUCGUCCUUGCGACGGAGGUUCACAACACAGAAUCAGACAGUGUGAAUCACCACCUUGCGAGGGUUUGUCCGUGCAGACCAGGUUGUGCAAUAUGCAUCCGUGUCGGUUGAGUCAAGCUGGAAACGCAGCGACCGAGGGCCAGUGGUCCUGUUGGACAGACUGGUCCGAAUGUUCGGUGUCGUGCGGCGUUGGCGUGCGUUCCCGAACGAGAGAGUGCCUCGGGCCGGAAAGCUGCGAAGGCCCGAGACUAGUUAGAGAGACCUGCGAGAUGCCCAGCUGCGAGUCUUUGGCCGGAUGGGACUCGUGGUCGCGUUGGACUCCCUGUGACGACGAUCAUCAGCAACAUAGGAAGAGACAGUGUCUUCAACAUGGUAACGGAUUCUGUCAGGGACUCAGCAGAGAGACUCGCGACUGUUUGCCCGAUUGUAUGGAUAACGAUAAGCAAACACUGCUGUACAUUGAUGUACGUUAUGUUUGUGCAUUGUACAACUUUUACAGACGUAAACGCUCUAAGAUCAAGCAUAGAACGUUCGGGUGUAACUAUCGGAGCAGUGGUAGGCAGCUGCGUAGUUGGAUUCUUGGUUGGCUUGGCCGUGACCGCGGUGUUGAGCUUCUGUUAUCUGAAGCGACGUCAGCAGCGAAUCCCCGGCAGCCCUCACUACAUCAGCAAACAAAACUCCUACGUCUCGGUUCCGUUGAAAGAUGUAAAUGCCAAACGGCAGCCCAGUUUCUCCGGCAGCACGAAUGGUAACGGAACUCUUCGCAGUAAGAACAAUCCAAACGUGAACGGCCUCGGAAGUCCGAAACUUUACCCAAAGAGUCUCGACUAUGAGUCUGCUACGUUGAAGCGCAACAGUCAUGGCCAGCAACAUAUCCGAGUGGAUCCUGACCAGGACAAGUACUACUGA